CUGUCAGGGCCCGGUCAUGUGACUGGUUGUUUGCUUCACUUCCUGUUUCGCUGUGUCGGUCUCAGACUUUCGGAUUGUCUCCGUGUCCCCGGCUCCUCGGCGGCUCCUCCGACAAUCUGCAGCGGGCUCUCUGAGCUUCCUCCGCCGCCGGAGACACUCUUCCUGCGGGGCCGCGACGGGGCCGAGCUCCGGGGCCAGCGAUGGCGGACGGGGAACGGUCGCCGCUCCUGUCCGAGCAGCACGACGGGACCAACGGCUUCUCUCCCGGGGGCAGCGCGCACGGACAUCCGGCUAAACCUCAGAGUUUGGCGCCGUUCCCCAGCUUGGUGGCUCCCGGGGACCCUCCACCUCCCUACUCGCCCCAGGGCAGCCCGGACAGCAGCAGCGCUCCGGUCAUCAGCUGCCGCGUCUGUCAGAGCGCCAUAUCAGUGGAGGGCAAGACGCACCAGCACGUGGUGAAGUGCAGCAUCUGCAACGAGGCGACGCCGAUAAAGAACGCCCCCGUCGGGAAGAAGUACGUCCGCUGUCCAUGCAACUGUCUUCUGAUCUGCAAAGUCACGUCGCAGAGGAUCGCCUGUCCGAGGCCGUACUGUAAACGCAUCAUCAACCUGGGACCAGUUCACAUCGGGAGCGACAGUCCUGAACCGCAGCAACAACCCGUCGGCAUCAGGGUCAUCUGCGGACACUGCUCCAAUACAUUCCUGUGGACGGAGUUUUCUGACCGGACCUUGGCCCGAUGUCCACACUGCAGAAAAGUCUCUUCUAUUGGCCGGCGGUACCCCAGGAGGAGGAGCCUGCUCUGUUUCCUGCUGUUCAUCGUCCUCGCCGUCGCCACUGCAGGACUCCUGUUCGGUACGUGGGGACCUGCACAGCACUCUAAAGGGAUCUACGUGUCGUGGGUGCUGCUGAUCCUGCUCGCUCUCUUCACCAUGGUGAGAACCAUCUACUGGAGGUGUCUGAAAAUCAGCGAUCCAAUUUCCAACAUCGCGUAGAGGGAGAGGAGAGGAGAGGAAGGUGAGGAGAGAAGGAGCUGAGAAGGAAAGCAGUAGGUAGUGUAGUUUAAACCGAGAAGCAGAAGCCAGAGUUGACUGCAAAAACGAUGAAUCAUGGACGGGUCGGGUCGGAGGAACGAUUUACAUUUUACAAAUGGUUCACAUUCAUGCCAAAUUAAAUUUGAGCUGCUAAUUUGUCAAAAAACACGAUCACUAGUUUGACACUGCGACUUCCAUUGAACUCCAGAAAGUGCGUUUCUGCAGACGAGUGGGAAAAGAAAACGAGGGUCACUGGAGGGGAGAGAAAAACAUAUUUAACUAAUCUUUUUUGACCCUGUAGUUUUCUUCAUUGUUGGACUAACAUGUUGUUUCAAAGCCUGAUGCUGCUACGUUGUUUUAUUUCAAGCUGUUAUUGUCUCACUAACAUAAAGGUACAUUCUGUUUCUCUCCGUGCCCGAGAAUCAUAAAGAUGAUUAUGUCUCUCGACUGAACGUCUGUUCCGUGUAACUCUGGUGAGUGGGUUCGAUCUCCUGUGAGAAGAACUGACUGAGAGUCACAGCUUCAACUGUCACAAUCAGCUCCAGUUGAAGAGUGAAGCUGAACUGAGAUCAGUUAAAAACACUCUAAAGUUAUUAAAAGUACAGUCCAGGAAACACUUUUGGAGAUUCAGCGGUAAACGCUUUUUAUUUUUGAGAAAUACAGAAAAAAACGACACAUUGAUUUAAGUAAACCGACAAAUACUCGAUUACUUUCAGGUGUCGUGGAUUAAAGUUUCUGAGGAUUAAAACUCUUCAGUGUUUGAAGUUUGUCUGAGAUCAGCUGACAUUACAUUUAACACGGGAGAAGAAAUAACUUGGCAGCAGUUAAUCACCUUCUUAUCACUCUGUGAACUCACCAACCACCAAGUAAUCAAAGAUCUCAGUAACCACACGAAGUCAAAGUGCACAGAUCGUUCAGAAUACAGAGUGUGUGAAGUGUUUGCUUUUGUUUUGGGGCAUUUUUCAUUAAAAGGUAUAUUUCAAAUGAAUUGACUAACAAAUUGUGUGAAAGAAAAACACUAUAAAAGGCUUCAAGCGAAAAUCCGGCUGAUCGAUGUUGGUAAAACGUAACAAACAUUCAUACAUGUAUAAUAUGUUCAUGUAUAAUUUAUAUAAAUAUGUACAUAAUGAGGGAAAGUCAGUGAAACUUGAAUUGAGGCAUUAACUGAGAAAAACGACAUCACCUCGUCUUUCUUUGCGUGUGCAUCUCACAGGGAUUCAGGGGAAUUUAGAUUUAAUUUUAUGUUUUCUUUCAUCUUCAUUUGUUUAUGCUAAAUGAUACAUAAGACGAAAUGAUACAGUUAGAAUUAAUUAUUGUGGCCAAAAGAAUUCAUGAUAACAAUAUUGUAGCAACAUCUAUAAAAAGUUUUAAUAAUGAUUUAUAAUGAUACUUUCAGUCAAUUUCAUCUCGAACAUUUUUAAGUGUGUUUUAUUUUUUCAUAGAUUGACCAAUUUUACCAAUAAUAACAAUAAUAAAUUAUAAUUUUUCAUUUAAAAUAACCACCUGCAUACAGUGCUCAACACAGAUGUGUAAUAUCAACACUAUAUCAACACAUUCUUUUUAUUAUUAAGUGGACAUCACAUCAGUUAACUUUCUAAAUAAAACACAGAAGUGCAGUUUUUUCCCGUUUGAUUCCGACAUGAAUUUUCACACGAGGAACAAAUUAUUUAUUUUUCAUCUUUUUAAUUCUGUCGUGUGUCGUCUGAAGGAGUGAAACUGAAUUCAUGACAAUAGUAAAAACCUGUUUGUGUUAAAGUGUAAAUAUGAAUCAGCGGGAUGUUGAUUAUUUUGGGACUGUACAGAAUUAUGAGAGCUCCCCUUGUGGCCGAUCUAUGUAAGUACCCACUGACUGUGAAACCUGUUGCACUUGUACUCAUGUACUAUUACUGUAUGUUCCCGUCAAUCCGGUGGAUGGGUUUUUUUUUGUUUUUUUUCAAUAUUGUGGAACAAAUUAAUACUUUUAACAACGUC